AUGGGGUCGUCCAACAAAGGCUACGCCAAGGUGUUGCCUCAAACUCGACGCAAACGCCGUCACUCGACAGGUCUACAAGCACCUGUGUCUAGCAAACGCCGUCCGUCGUCAAAAUGUACAAACUGCAUGGUAGUUUUCGUCCUCGCCGUUGCGUGCUGCCUCGGCCUCUUCCGGCUGUUUCGAAGCUCGGAUGCUACCACGGCAGCCCAGGAUUGGAGUCAUUUGCAAUUCGACGAUGUUGAGGUGCCGCUGAAUAACAAGAUUCCGCCUCCGCAUGAAACAGACAAAUAUCUUAUUGGGGUCGGCAAAGCCGACAUUACCGGUCCGGUGGUGGAGAUCAACAUGAUGGGAUAUGCAAAUGCGGCUCAGGUGGGCAGCGGCGUUCGCCAGAGGUUAUACUAUCGCGCCUUCAUUAUUGGAGAUCUACACGACCCGCGGGAUCGUUUUAUAUACCUCGUCCUGGACACACAAUCUGGCGAUACUGCGGUGCGCUAUGGCAUUCUCAAUGCUCUCAGAAAACUUGGCCCCGACUAUGCCAUGUACAACCACGAUAACCUCGCCGUUACCGCCACGCACUCUCAUUCAGGCCCUGGUGCUUGGCUUAAUUAUCUGUUGCCUCAGAUUACGAGUCUGGGUUUUGACAAGCAGAGUUACCAGGCUAUUGUCGAUGGAUGUGUGUUGUCCAUCGUACGCGCCCAUCAAAAACUGUCUCGUGGCUCACUCAGCGUGGGCACUACCAAAAUCAUCGGUGCGAAUAUUAAUCGAAGCUUGUAUUCCUAUCUUGCAAACCCCGAAGCCGAAAGACAAAGAUACAACGUCAGUGUUGAGGAGGAUGGCACUGUAGAGAAAGAUAUGACUCUUCUUCGAUUCAAACGCGAGUCUGACGGCAAGAAUAUUGGUAUCCUGUCUUGGUUCCCGACGCAUGGUACGUCAAUGACAGUGAACAACACUUUGAUAACGGGCGAUAAUAAGGGUCUUGCGGCGGAUAUGUUUGAAAAGAAAGCUCAACAAACAUCUGAUGCCAGCGAUGACUUUGUGGCCGGCUUCUCUCAAGCAAACAUGGGCGAUGCAAGCCCCAACACGCUGGGUGCAUGGUGUGAUGACGGUACUGGGGAACGAUGUGAUUUCAAAAGCAGCACUUGCAGAGAUGGGAAACCUCAGAGAUGUCAUGCCAGAGGACCCAUGUUUAACAAAGUUGCCGAUAUCGACGGUACUGCGUCCUGUUUCGAGAUCGCGAGACUGCAAUAUCAAGGCGCCUGGGAUAUUUACAGAGCUCUAGACAAGACCGAUCACAAAGUCCAUGGAGUUGGAGUCAAAGCUGUCCAUGAAUUUCAUGACAUGUCGUUCUUCAAAUUCACGCUGACAAACGGGACAGUCGCACAGACUUGCCCAGCCGCCCUUGGCUACUCGUUCUGUGGUGGAACCUGGGAUGAGCCUGGACAGUUCAACAUUCAUCAGCAGAGUACCUCUGAAACUGUGUCUAGACUAUGGCGAAUCGUUCGGUGGCUCUUGCGCCCUCCAACACCUGAGCAGACGCAAUGCCAAUUUCCAAAGUCAAUCAUUUUAGAUGUUGGUGAGGCAAGGCGACCAUACCAAUGGACCCCCAAUAUUGUUGAUGUUCAGACAUUUCGAGUUGGACAGCUUAUUAUCGUCGUCAGCCCAGGUGAAGCAACCACCAUGGCUGGAAGAAGAUGGAAAGAAGCAGUUGCAAAACAAAGUGCAACAUUGCUCAAGGCCGAUCUUGGAGGUGAGGAGCCCAUCGUUGUCAUUGGUGCUCCUAGCAACAGCUAUACCCAUUAUAUUACGACAGAGGAAGAAUAUAGCAUCCAGCGCUACGAAGGCGCGUCGACGCUGUAUGGUCCGCAUACGCUAGCUGCGUACAUCAACCGUACCGCGGAAACACUCCACUAUUUGGCAGCAACCUCCCCGAGCCCGAGGCAGAAAGGGCUCCGAAAUGUACCACCUGAUAAUAGCCAGCGUUCUAUCAGUUUGAUAUCCGGCGUUGUAUUUGACAGAACUGGCUCUCGAGGUGACUUUGGUGACACGAUACAGGACAUUCAGCGGCGAGCAUAUGGGGCUGGGGAAAAUGUCAAUGCCACUUUCAUCGGUGCUAAUCCUCGCAACAACCUGCGUCUUGAAGACACUUUUGCAGCAGUCGAAUACAGACCGGGUCCUACGUCCUCGUGGGAGAGAGUACGUGACGAUUCUGACUGGUCUCUCAUAUACCGUUGGAAACGUAGAUCAUCUAUUUGGGGCACUAGCGAGGUCACAAUUGACUGGACAGUUGAGAAUUCAACUCCACCUGGCGAAUACAGGUUGAGAUAUUACGGAGACGCGAAAUCUAUGGGUGGGACAUAUUCAGCAUUUGAAGGAGCUAGUAGCAUGUUCAUAGUUUUGGGUUGA